AUGGAAGAAAAGCCGGUUGCUUAUGAUGGACAUGAAGGACACGCAGCACCGUUUGUGGUAAAAACGUACCAAAUGGUGAACGAUCCGAGGACGGACGUGCUCAUAAGGUGGGGGAUGAGGAACAACAGCUUCCUCGUGCUCAACCCCGCCGAGUUCUCGCAGUUCCUCCUCCCUUGCUACUUCAAGCACAACAACUUCUCCAGCUUCGUGCGGCAACUCAAUACCUAUGGUUUUCGCAAGGUGGAUCCGGAUAGAUGGGAGUUCGCGCACGAGUCAUUCCUUCGAGGCCAAACCCAUUUGCUCCCCUUAAUUCUUCGGCGAAAGAAGAAGAAGAGCCUUUCGAAUGAACAAUCGAGCAGCAAUAGCCGUGCGAAGGAUAGUGUGGUAGACGAAGAUGAGGAUGAGGAUGUGUUAGUGAAAGAGGUAACGAGGCUAAGACAAGAACAACGACUACUCGAAGAAGAGCUUCAGGGGAUGAACAAGAGAAUACAGGCGACAGAGAGGCGGCCGCAGCAAAUGAUGUUGUUCCUCGCUAAGGCUGCAGAUGAGCCCGAAUCGCUCUCUCGUCUUAUACUAUCCAAGAAGCAGCAAUUCGCGGCUGAGAAGAGGCGCCGCCUCGUAAACUCUCCUAUUACGUCUACUUCUACUACUACGGCUCCGCUCACUUUAACUGGUCCAUUAAUGGAGCUCGGAUUUAAUGAAGAGGUGAUUACUACACACAGUGUCGACGAGGAGAAGAAGCCAUUGUACACAGUUUCCAGUAGCGUUGCAGGGAUCGAGCCAAGUGGUUGGACCGAGUUCGGACUAGAACCUGAACCAAAGUCGGCGUCAGCGACAGAUUCGGUGCCGUUUCCUUUCUCUUUACUAGGACGCGGGUUCUUCUCGUAGGACCACGUGUCUGUAAGUGAAGAGUAGGUAUCAUUUCAAACAUUUUUAUUUGCCGUAUCCUUUGUAAAUUAGAUAUUGUUCGCCUUUCUAAGGAUUUGCUCGCGUUAGUUUAUUUGCGUCUUUUUUAGACUUUUCUCCCGUGGUUCUACAAUAAGAAAAAGAUCACUUCUACUUAAU